AUGACGGACAACAGCAGCAUACCUGUUGAUUUACGUAUUAAACGAAAACAUGUUGUUACCGAAGAUGAUAAAUUAUCAACUAAAAAAAAACCUCGUAACCAUAAUAAUGACAAUCCACUUGAUUUAUCUAUUAAUUCGCAUUAUUAUCCUUCGUCACAAUAUUCAAUAUCAACAAUUCCUUUUUAUAAUCCAACAAAUUUAUUUUUCAAUUCGUCUACUUUGCUCUAUGAUCUAUUCUUAGCGAAUAUAAAUUCUUAUUGUCAACAACAAUAUCAACAAGCAAAAGUUGAAUUAGUUCCAUCUAAAUCUAUUAAACAAGAAGCAAUAACUUCUUCUUCUCGUCUAAUAAAACAUAAUUCAAUAACAAAUAAACAUGAAUCUUAUGCUUGUUCAUGUGGUAAAACAUAUUCUAAUGUUGCUCAACUUGUAAGUCAUCUUAAAAUAACAAAUCAUAAUGCACAAUCAUCAUCAACACAUGAUGAAGUAGCUAAACUUGUUCGUGGACAAGAUAUUUGGUUGUCACGUGAUACAAAUCCAGCUAAUCAAAUUUUAAAAUGUCUUCGUUGUUCAUUAUCAUUUGAAACUUUACCUGAUUUAACAGCACAUAUGAUGAAAACAAAUCAUUUUACACAACUUUUAUCAUCAUCAUCAAAUUCAUGUCAACAUUCCAAUUCAAAACAACAACAACAACAACAACAACAACAACAACAUUCACCAACAAAAAUCUCUAAUACACAAUUACGUUCAACAUGUCUUGUUUGUUCUCAACAAUUUGCACGUGAAGUUGAUCUUGUUGAUCAUUUACAACGUUUACAUCAAAUACGUUUUAAUUGUACAACAUGUGGAAUGUAUUUUGAAAAUGAAAAUAUUUAUAAAGAACAUUUAAUAAAAGAAAUGCAUCAUAGAAAUGGAAAAGCAAAUAGAAAUCGAGAUUAUUUUAUUAAUCAAUGUAAAACAUUACAAAAACGAUCAACUAAUGAAAAAAAAUCUGAACAAUGUAAAUUUCGAUCAUCUAUUGAUAAAGAAGUUGAACGUGUUACAUCAGAUUUACUUGAUCGUAUUGUUCCUAAAGAUGAAAUAACAACUAGUAAUGCUCUAUCACUUUUACAAAAUUUUGUUAUUAAACAAACACCAUUAUCAAAUAGUUUAAAUCAACAUACACAAAUGGAUUUGAAUAAUAAUUAUGAUGAUGAAAAUAGUAAACACAGUAUGACAAGUUUAUCUGAUGAAAAAUUAUCAUCAUUAAAUCAAACGCAAUCGAAUGAAAAUCCAUUAGCUUCAUUAGAAAAAAUGCUUGCGUAUUCAACAAAUAUAAUUGAUACAUCUUCAACAUCUAUAAAUGAUAAUGAACCUAAGAAAAAAAAAUUUGAUAAAUAUCGUUUAUUUGCUGAAAAAAUGAUUCGAUCUACUACUUUGUCAUAA